UUCAACCGUCCUCCGCUCGGAGGUCCCGAAGACGUUUUUGUGUUUCUCUUCAUUCUUACGAGGUGGGUGGUGGAGUGAGUUUGCAUUGCAUCUGACUUUUUGGGUAGACGCGAUGUUAGAUUACCGGCUGACACUGACAGUGGCAGGCUGCAUCGCUGUGUUUUGUUCGAGCAUCGCCUUGGGUAGCGUUGAACAAUGCGAAGAGGAGGAAAUACACGAAAAUCGUCUACAUACAUGUACGUGCGAGAAAUGGUUUUUCGUUCAAGUGGUCGGUGACCCGCAAGCGGAUGAAUCUUCCACAAAGCUGCCAUGUGGAGAGGAUGAGUUAAAGCCGUGUCCAUCAUUGGUUGCUGCCCUCCAUUCUGCCACUGAGUGGAAAAGGGCAACUGCUGACAAUGACAGUCUCACUCACGCCUGGAUCACAAUUUUGCUGAAGGGAGACGUGAAUUGCUCGGUACCUCUUCAUGUACGCGUUCUUGAAAAGGCGGACAGUGCCUCUGAGUUUGAUAUCAGUCGCGUUACGAUCAGACCUGCGAACAGCACAUUAUGUCCCACAAUUCGACUUACUGCAGCAUCCUCAAAGCCAGUGCCCCUGAAGUUUUCGAAUGCAUCAGCAGUGCGCCUCAGUGGUCUUGAGUUUGUCUCAUCGACCGUUUAUCUUGUCAUUCGAAUAGCUCAUCUGUUCCACGUUGACCGAUGUAAGUUCUCCAUCAAAGCAGAGUCCAUGAAUAUGCGUAGGCAUGUGACGUCUGUGACUUUCUCGUCCGAUGUGUUCUUCACACAUUGUGUGUUUGAGUUGAUGGCCGGAGAGGCUCGACCAGUCAUACCUGACGGUGCAACUAAUGUCAAAAACUGGGUCAAGCCUGUGUUCAAUGCAGUCAUCCCGUCUACCACCACCGAUGGCAUUCUUUCUGACACGGACACAUUCCGACAGUGGGCAGCUGGUGAGCCGGUAAUUUGCCAGGCGUACGCCAAGGAAAGAGCCCACUCCGUGUGCGGAGCAGAGUCCAGCAAGAACUGCGCAGACAGCGGCAGCAGUGGCAGCAGUCGGUGGAAGAUGGCACUCGUAGUGUACAACUGCACCUUCCGCAACCUGGGCCGGCACUUUGUCAUGGAUCGGCCGUAUUUGGUGUCAACAGACCGCACCCAGGGGAGUGCGCUGACGAUCUUCUUUGACUGUGAGGCCAGACAUCGCACAGUUAUCAUCGAUCGGUGUAUAUUUGUGAACAACAUGCACCCGCGGGACUCGCCUCUCAUGCUCCAGUUCAACACGCAUUAUAUACAGAACAAUCCGCAUUGCCGGAAUGGAUCUAUAACCAUGAACAACAUGGUCUAUGUUACAAACUCGGAGUUCCGAAAUAACUCAGCCCUUUUGGGCGGUGCUGUAUCCGUGAUCACACUCGACCACUCCUAUUUCAACAACGUGAAGUUUGAAAACAACACAUUUGCUGACAACAAGGCCCGACAGCAGGGUGGUGCCGUUGCGGUCUACUUUGCCAUUGUUACCGUUACAACGAACUGCUUCUGGGCAAGCAACAACAACACGUUCCUGAGGAAUUCGGUCCAGUUUCCUGAAAACCCAGGUUCGGCUGUGUACGUGUAUGCAGCCAGCGAGUCAAUUACCUUCAACUACCAAACUUACUUCAGGGAGCAACAAGGUCUGAACACUAGUGAGGCCGAUGGCUACUUGCGGCGCUGCCAUAAAGAAACAUCUGUCCUGAUGGAGGACACCACUUUCACUGGCAAUCGUGGCAAUGGAGCAUUCUUUGCUCGCAAUGUAGAUGCAAUAUUCCGCGGCACAAGUGUGGUAUCGUCUAGCACUGGCACUGGUAUAGCUGUGUCGUGUGCUACAGUGAGGUUCAGAGGAGGCCCAGUGAAAAUUGUAAACAACGCAGGGAAUUUGGCAGGUGCAUUCAAGGCAACUGAGUUUGCCCGUGUCCUGUUUCAAGUGGAAAUGUCGCAAGUCACGAUUGUGAAUAAUACAGCCGAAGCCGAUGGCGCUGGUUUGUUGACUGCUGACCCAACGUCUGGCAGUCCAUCCUUCGAUGAGUCUCUAUACUACAUUGGCAACACAGUGGAUAACACCCACAGAUGCCCAAUGGAGUUUAAGGCCAAGCUCACACUGCAGGAGGCAAAGGCACUGCUGGAUGAGAACAGCCAGGCAACAGAGCAUCCUGCAAUCUUGGUGUCUAGCUGGGAGAAUUGUUUCCCUCAGUUCAAUCCCCUAGACCACCCUGACCAAUAUCCUAAUGCUAGUCAAGUGGCAGCGAACAAAACAACCAGGCCCUUCUGUCUGCCCUAUGUUUCACCGAUGUAUAAUUACAACUCAACUACUCAUCCAGAAUGCAGCAUCCACUUAAACAUGCUGCAUGGUGUUGAUAUCUUUCACCACCAAGACGAUAUUUGCUACAGCUCGUGUCACGACAUGCAUGUCAUCAACAAGCCAGACAUGUUCAGCACACGAGUAAAGACAAAAGGCGCUUGGCUUGUGUUUAACUCCACCACCACGGCCUGCUAUCGGACGUUUCGCGGAAGGGUUUACUAUUACCGCAAGGACUGCACCCGCGAGACCCUGACCAAAGACAUGAUGCAUAGACUAGAGGAUCAAGACCUGCCGUGGACGGACUGCGCGCUUUUUCGUCAGGUCCUCAUGCGUUUGCGGUACAAGUCAUCGUUCGCACCUGUCUUACCUGGACUCAAAUUUGUGCUAGUGCCAUGGGCUGGUGCACUACAUGGUUGGAUGAGUUACAUGGAGCAACACCUGAAGACCAGGGCACCAGAGGAUGAUGGAUUGUUCCAGGAACGUGCACUGGCAUCUUGCUUCUUCACGAACAUAACUUUCCCAUUCAAAUCGGAUGAAUCGGUGAGCGCUAUUACCCUACAUCCAGCAUCUGGAGAGGAAUUCUCCCUAUCUGUGCAACUUCUUGACGAGGUCAUGAAUAUCCGAACAGGAGUCAUUUCAAUCAAGGCAGCAGAAGCAACCAAACAUGGAUCCUCCCAGGCGAAGUACAACUUCAACGUACCAGAAACCGUGCCCUACACGGACUGA